GUAUGAGUUAACAAAUCCCCACCAAAAAUCAAUAUUUUUUUUCGCCAAAAUAUAAACAGGUUUUGGAACAGAGAGGAUAUUGACAAAAGGACCGCUGCAAUUCAGUGUGUCGGGGAACAUUACAAAUGCUAAAGAGGGAUAUUUGAUUUACACAUCAGUAAGAGAGCGCGGGAUUUGUUUGCCUUUUGGUGAGGGAAGGGGGUAGAAUAACUCUGUCCGAACUGACAUUCCAGCCCGCGAGAGUUUCAGCAUGGAAAGAGUUCCGCUUGGUUUUGAAUUACAAGAAGAGAAUAAAGGGGACCCUGCCCUGAUCAACGUGACCCAGAUAGAUGUCAACUACCCAGGGUACCCCCCACCCGCGGCCCAACCAGAGGUGGCGCCAGGUGGUCCCGAACCUCACCUGUACCCGGCAGUACCAGGAUCUAAUUCCGGUCCCAUAGGGUUCGAAGGUCAAGUACAAGAUGAGAUAAAAGAAAAAGAAAGGGAGGACAACUCUGUAGAAGUUAACAUGGACACUCCUCAGAUUGAACCCCAGGAUGAGGAGGGCGGGGCUAAGGCGGAGAAGGAGGAGGAGACUAAUUUGAUUGACAGAUAUGCACAGCAGAUAAUUAACGAGAAAGCCACUUUGUUCUUCAAAGACGGGAGGAGGAAGAUCGAUUACAUCCUGGCUUACGAGCCGGGGGAUGAGGAGGAUCCAAAGAAAAAACAGAGGCGGGAGACGUUCGAGAAAAAUCUGAUAGAGGAAGGAUUGGAGCUAGAGCACGAGGGAAAAGAGUCCUCAAAGAAUGGUAAAACUUGCUUUGUUAAAGUCCAUGCACCCUGGGACACACUGGCUAGAUAUGCUGAACUCCUCAACAUCAAGAUGCCUCUGGCGGAGAAUGACAUGGAGACACAGCUAGAGAGCUGCUUUGAGGUCUGCUGGAGUAAGUUUCCGUCGCCCUUUGACCUCGAUCCCGAUCUCCUACCGGACGAUCCUGACUACUUCACCGCACCCUUCAACAGGGCCCGUAUGGACAC